AUGAGACAAUUAACAGAGGAAGAGACGAAGGUUGUUUUCGAAAAGCUGGCUGGCUAUAUCGGUAGAAAUAUUUCGUUUUUGGUUGAUAACAAAGAACUACCUCAUGUUUUCAGAUUACAAAAGGAUAGAGUAUAUUACGUGCCCGACCAUGUUUCCAAAUUGGCUACUAGCGUAGCAAGAUCCAACUUGAUGUCUCUAGGUAUUUGUUUGGGCAAAUUCACGAAGACUGGAAAAUUCAGAUUGCACAUUACUUCCUUGACAGUACUAGCCAAGCAUGCCAAGUAUAAGAUAUGGAUCAAACCUAAUGGGGAAAUGCCAUUCCUAUACGGCAACCAUGUGUUAAAGGCGCAUGUAGGUAAAAUGUCUGACGAUAUACCAGAACAUGCCGGUGUUAUCGUUUUUGGCAUGAAUGAUAUUCCAUUGGGGUUCGGUGUCAGUUCAAAGAGUACCUCUGAGUCAAGAAACAUGCAACCUACUGCCAUUGUUGCUUUCAGACAAGCCGAUAUCGGUGAAUAUUUGAGAGAUGAAGACACUUUGUUUACUUAA